CUUAAACCAUAAAUUAUGAGUGCAAUAUGUUUUCGGAACUGGUUCUUAGCCGGUGCAGCGAAAGCUUUAGGGUAUUUCUCACCAACUCGUUGCCGCUUACAAGGUUCUUUAUCUCAAAACAAUACGUGGACAUAAAUACCUGGAUAAUAAAUAGCUGGGGUUUCAAUAACAAGUCUUAUGUAUAAUGGCUACCGCAACGCUGAAACGUGACGAAAUUCUCCUGCUCUUUGAUGUGGACGGGACUCUGACGAUGCCCCGAUCCGUGGUUACCCCGGAAUUCGAGGAGUUCUUCUACUCGAAGGUGAAACCCAGGGCAACCAUUGGAAUCGUCGGAGGAUCCGAUCUGGAAAAGAUGUUCGAGCAACUGAAUGGCCAGAAGAUCCUGAACGAGUUCGACUUUGUCUUCCCGGAGAACGGCUUGGUCCAGAUUGAAAAAGGCAAGGAGGUGGGAAAGCAGAACAUCAUCAAACAUCUAGGAGAAAACACCCUGAAGCGCUUCAUUAACUUUGUAUUGCGCUACCUCUCCGAACUGGAUGUGCCUAUCAAGAGGGGAACCUUUAUUGAGUUCCGGAAUGGCAUGAUGAACGUGUGUCCCAUUGGAAGGCAGUGCACCCGGGAGGAGCGGAAUAUGUUCGCUGCCUACGACAUUGAACACAAGGUGCGGGAGCAAAUGAUCAAGGACCUGAAGAAGGAGUUUGCUGACGUGGACCUUACUUAUUCCAUUGGUGGCCAAAUAAGUUUCGAUGUGUUUCCGAAAGGUUGGGAUAAAACCUACUGCCUUCGACACAUCGAAGCGUUUUACAAAUUCAAGGAAAUCCACUUUUUCGGAGAUAAAACUGAUCCGGGCGGCAAUGAUCACGAGAUCUACAGCGAUCCCCGAACUGUCGGCCAUAGGGUAUACACCCCCAAGGAUACGCAACGUAUCGUUACUGAGAUUCUCGAACUGUGAGAUAAUUGAGCUUACUCUGCCUUCUAAAAUAUUCCAUUUUGUUAAUGUAUAUGUUUACAAUUGUUAACCAAAUUUUAAUAUAUAGUCAUUUGAAAUAA